GUGUGAAAUUUUUCAGCAGGCGCCGCGACAUCGGGAACGCAGAAGUUUAACUAAUUUUAAGUGCGUUAAAUAUUAAACGAACAUAAGAAACAAUGGCGUUGCGUGUACUUAGUGUAACGCAAAAUAUGCGCUCGUUCACGCGCGGCGUUAAUCUUAUCAAGCGCUACAAAUCGGCAUUGACUGUGAAGAAGACGCUGCUGAACAUACCUGCCACUCAGGUGACCAAGCUGGACAACGGCCUGCGCGUUGCCAGCGAGGACUCAGGCGCCUCCACCGCCACCGUUGGACUCUGGAUCGAUGCUGGUUCGCGUUCCGAGAAUGAGAAGAACAACGGAGUGGCCCACUUCCUGGAGCACAUGGCCUUCAAGGGCACUGCCAAGCGUUCGCAAACCGAUCUGGAGCUGGAGGUCGAGAAUCUGGGCGCUCAUCUAAAUGCGUACACAUCCCGGGAGCAGACUGUCUUCUACGCCAAGUGCCUGUCCAAGGAUGUGCCCAAGGCAGUGGAGAUUCUGGCCGACAUCAUUCAGAACUCCAAACUGGGUGAGGCGGAGAUCGCUCGCGAGCGUUCAGUUAUUCUGCGCGAGAUGCAGGAGGUGGAGAGCAAUUUGCAGGAGGUGGUCUUUGACCAUUUGCAUGCCACCGCCUAUCAGGGCACUCCCCUGGGCCAGACCAUCUUGGGCCCCACCAAGAACAUUCAGUCGAUUGGCAAAUCCGAUUUAACCGAUUACAUUCAGACCCACUACAAGGCAUCGCGCAUUGUUUUGGCUGGCGCCGGUGGCGUGAAGCACGAUGAGCUGGUUAAGUUGGCUGAUCAGUCGCUGGGUCGCUUGGAGGCCAGUGUGCUGCCACCAGAAGUGACACCCUGCCGCUUCACUGGCUCCGAGGUGCGCGUACGCGACGACUCUCUGCCCUUGGCCCAUGUUGCCAUCGCCGUUGAAGGUUGCGGCUGGACCGACCAGGAUAACAUCCCAUUAAUGGUGGCCAACACUUUGGUUGGAGCCUGGGAUCGUUCUCAGGGCGGCGGCGCCAACAAUGCCUCCAACUUGGCACGUGCCAGUGCUGAGGAUAAUUUGUGCCACAGCUUCCAGUCGUUCAACACCUGCUACAAGGAUACUGGUCUGUGGGGCAUCUACUUCGUGUGCGAUCCACUUCAGUGUGAGGACAUGCUCUUCAAUGUGCAAACCGAAUGGAUGCGCUUGUGCACAAUGGUCACAGAGGCUGAGGUUGAGCGUGCCAAGAACUUGUUGAAGACAAACAUGCUGCUGCAAUUGGACGGCACCACGCCCAUUUGUGAAGACAUUGGCCGCCAGAUUCUGUGCUAUAAUCGUCGCAUCCCUCUGCACGAGUUGGAGCAGCGUAUUGACGCCGUCAGUGUACAGAAUGUACGUGAUGUUGGCAUGAAGUACGUCUACGAUAGAUGCCCAGCCGUGGCUGCCGUUGGUCCCGUCGAGAACUUGCCCGACUACAACAGAAUUCGCUCCUCCAUGUACUGGUUGAGAGUCUAAGUGACAACUUGCUCCAUCAGCGGCAUGUGGCUGUUAGCCGUGUAGUUUAAUUCAAGAAUCGAUCAGUUAAAACCAAAAUGAAAUACAA